GCUGUAGGCGAACGUCUGGAAGCUCGGUCGGUCGGUGUCGGUAGUGCCUCAGAGGAACGGUCUUCAGUUAACGGCGGCGCAGCUCAGGUUAAAACGACAUUUGAAUGUUUAAAGUUUAAAGAGCAAGCGAGCUGCGGAAACCGACAGCAGCAGGGGAUCCAGAGCCUCAGGACGGACCGGGGAAGAGGAGUUUAUCCGUUGUGGUCGCUGCCAGCAGCUUUUUCUCUUUCCAGCGGACAGAGACGGAGAGAGUUCCCCGUCCAGAAUUUGUGUUUUUGGAGGACGACCAGCUUCAGUUUCCUGUGUGGGCGGAGUCACGGCGGACGUCUGAGAGAUGUGAAGCUGACGGGCCGGAGGAGCUGUCACUCAAACCAGGACCACGCCCUCGGCACCACCGCCAGCCAAUCAGCACGCAGCCUGGAGGACCAUCAUGCACCUGAAGUCGUAUCCGAAGCUCGUACGUUCGGAGGUUCACCUGGAUGCGCCUGGCGUUCAGACGGCGUCGCAGCGCAGCAGUCUGUUCCUGAGCCAGCAGGGGGGGCUGCUGAGGACCUGCAGCGGUAACCAUGGCAACAUCAGCAGCAGCCGCCUCCCCUUUAGCGUCAUCUCCACGAACACGCUGCGCUGCACCAACGCAACCAACUGCAACAGCGGCGUGACGUCGCUCCGGCUUAAGGCGCCGUCCAACACCGCCCUGCAGCUCCUCCCCCCGACGCCAGGAUGUGAGAACAACUCGCCCGGACUUUACCAAACCACCGCCGAGGACGCCGACGCUCCGCUGGACAUCUGGGCCGUCAUCAAGCCGGGACACGUCCGCGAGAAGAUCGCCAUCUUCGCAUCAGAGGAGGGGCGGGCGGACGGAGCCAGAGCCAGCGAACGCACCUCAACCAGCGGCUCCAGCAGCCGGGACAGAACGCCGGCGGUGUUGGUGAACCACGGCGCCAUGACAGGACUGUCACGGGCCGUGAAGGCAAAGGGCAGCUGGGAGGAAAACUGUAGCGCCAAACGCCGCCGCCGGUCGGGAAGCAACCAGAACCUCCAGCAGGACCAGAGGACCCAGGUUCAGGACACUCAGCAGCUCGCCCUCAAACCGUCGUCAGGAAGCUCGGAUGCUACGCAUCGCUCAGCCGGCGGACGGCAUGACGGCGAGGUGAUGUCAGCCGAGGAGGAGGAGCAGAAGGUGUCAGUGGUGGAGAUCGUGGCGUUCAUGGAGCAGCGGGCGAACGAGCAGCAGCCGGACUCCAAACCUCUGCUUGCUCUCCAGAGGAGCUCCACCACCAUCACGCUGUCCAGAGCUCUGCCCCUUGCGGUCAGGGAGGGGUCGGAGGUCAAGGGGGAGGAGCCAGAGAGCAUCAAGGUGUCAGACAUGGUGGCCAGACUGGAGUCAGAGUGUCUGAGGAGGAGGACAGAGGGAGACCUGUCCAGAAACAACAGUCUGAGGAGGACGGUGGGACGAGUCCUGCUCGCCGCCGCCGAUCACAGCUCCGCCCCCUGCCAGCCAUCACCACCAUCAUCAUCACUGACAUCAUCAGUGGCACCUUCAUCUUCCUCCUCACCGCUGCCUGCGGCUCUGAGCAGGGAGCCGAUCAGCUGUCUUCAAACUGUCAGGGCAGAGAUGCCUGCCUCAGCUCUGACCACGCCCCCCUCUCCAGGUCUGACCACACCCCUAUCAGGUGAGUUGGUGGGCAAGUCUCAGCAGGUGGUGGGAGCUGUCACAGAGACUGUAGCUCCUCGCCCUUCAUCUGAGGAGGCAGAGCCUGUUCCCGGAUUGUUGUUUUUGACUCCAUCUUCUACUGAGACAGACUCAGACCCUCCUGCUGUUUGCCCCUCCUCCAGUAACUCUGCCAGCCAAUCAGAGAAGAAGAGGAGGAGGAGAAAGACUGACAUCGUCCAGACGGAGGAGGUUGUGGGCGUGGCCUCGCCUCUGAUCCGGCGUGCGUCGGCGUCGCAGGACUUCCUGGUGAUGCGUCAGCGGCUGCAGCAGCUGCUGGAGCCGCAGCCCUACCUGGCCGUUCUGCCGCAUCACCUGCUGGUCAAAAUCUUCCUGCUGCUGCCGACGCAGAGUCUCGCCGCGCUCAAGUGCAGCUGCCACUACUUCAAGUUCAUCAUCGAGAACUACGGCGUCCGGCCUGCCGACUCGCUCUGGGUGUCCGACCCACGUUACCGUGACGACCCCUGCAAGCAGUGCAAGAAGCGCUACUGCCGCGGCGACGUGUCACUGUGCCGCUGGCACCACAAGCCGUACUGCCAGGCGCUGCCCUACGGCCCCGGAUACUGGAUGUGUUGCCACGGCGCCCACAGGGACGCGCCCGGCUGCAACGUUGGUCUCCACGACAACCGCUGGGUGCCAGCGUUCCACAGUAUCAACGUGCCGAUUUACAGGAGGAGCCGUAACCAUGACGACUGAGCGUGUGCGUGCUUGCGUGUGUGUGUGUGUGUGUGAACAGAAUUGGGGCUGCAGCAGCUGAUUGUAACAUUGGUGUGCUUUCAGUGAUGCGUACAUCGGUUGCUAGGCAACGGAGGCGACAUCCAAUCAGAACGGUUUCCCUGAACAAAGCUGUGAUCUGCAGGAAGUGUUUCAGAGAGAUUCUGUGGUUCUGUUGAGGUUCAGAAGAAACUGUGGCACACUCAGAAACACUCUCGAGGGUUUGAGUAUUUUUGUGGUUCUGUUGAGGUUAUAUUAAGGUUCAGUAGAAAUUUAGAAACACUUGGCAACACUCUUGACUGAGUGUUUUUAGGGUUCUGUUAAGUUUCAGCAGAAAGUUAGAAACACUCUAAAACACUUGGAAGGAUUUCAGAGUGUUUUUGUGGUUCUGUUGAGACUCAGCAGAAACUUAGAAACGCUUAGAAACACUCAAAACUUGCUGCAGAAACUCAAACACUUUUGAAACACUUGAGUUUCUUUUGAGGUUUAGCAGAAACUCAGAAACACUCGACUGUUUGAGUGUUUUUGAGGUUCUGUUAAGAUUCAGCAGAAUCUUGGAAACACUCUAAAACACUUGCAACGCAUUCAGAGUGUUUCUGUGGUUCUGUUUAGGUUCAGUUCAGGGUUCGGUGGAGGUUAAGCAGAAACUCGUAAACACUCUCGAGCAUUUCCGAGUGGUUUUGAGGUUCUGUUGAGUUUUGGCAGAAACUCAGAAAACUCGGAAACAAUUGCAAAUAUUUCCGAGUUUUCUGAGUUUCUGCUGCACUGUUGAGAUUCAGCAGAACCUCAGAAACACUCCCUGCAGAAACUCGGAGACAUUCAGAAACAUUUGGUUCUGAGUGUUUCUGAAUGUUUCUGAGUUUCUUCCAAACGUCAGCAUCAACGCCCCUUUGAUCUAUCAGUUGUCCAAUCAGGACUCACGCUGAUGGCUGUUCUGUUUGUCGUCACUGCUGUAAAUAUUUAUUGCCCGCUUCAGUUCCCAAAUGUCCAAUCAGCUGCUGUGGCCGCCUGACACCGAAGCAAACAUCAGCUGCUCCCAUGAUGCAACAGUGAGUUGGACUUUUCCUUAAAUUGGUUUGUGAAAUUUAUCGUCAAACAAAGGAAACUGAGGUGUUUUUUUUAAGGAAAAUUCCAUGCAGAGCGGCGCCCCCUGCUGCUCAGAUGCCUCCUCACAGCCUCCAGGGUUUCAGUUUCUAGUUGAGCCUCCGAUUGAUCGUUUAUUGAUCAGCAGGAGGAGGAGGAGGAGGAGGAGGAGGAGUCCCGGCCAGGGCUCUGGUUCUCCCCUCAGACAAAUUAAAACAUUAACCGAUCAGCUGUUUGGCUCAGUUGUCAUGGAAACUGCAUGUUCUUCAUCCAAACAAUAUUUGAAAAUCUGAUCGCUCAAUUAAUUGAUUACACUCCAGCUGCCAAGACGAGAAGAUUUUCCACCUUUUUUUUGACGUUUUAUUCACCAAACGGUUGUUCGAUAAACUAAUCAAUAAUGAAAACGAUCAUUUGGUGAUCAAUAAUUUUAUUGUCUGUACCUUCAGGAUCAAUUAUUAGUAAUAUUGUAUUUUAAUUAGAUAUAUUUUUGUUCAAUUGUGUCGACAGAAUGAAGCUUCUUAAUUUUUUUAGCCGUUUAACGUAAAGUUUUGUACACAAGCGACUUUUGUUAUUGAUUAAUCGGGUUAUUGAUUAGUAGUCUGGUCAAUAAAAUUUAUCAGUAAUGAUGAAAAAAAUAGAAAAUCUUCGUAGAAGCCGGAAACCAAAAUUUUUUGCUGAAAAAUCACCUAAAAGGAUGAUUUCCAGACGUAGGAUGUUGUUUCAGGUGUUUGAGGGGGUGGAGUUACAGUGGGUGUGGCUUUUUGAGAGGAGGCGGAGCUUCAGGAGGCACUCUCUGCUCAGGUAAACUGUGCACCUUGUUUCCAUGUGGACUUGAAUCCUGAGUUUGAGAGAACAGAAUCGUGGCCUUUGAGUCUCGGAGUCGAUGCAAUAAAAUGAGAAACUGGACGAAAAAAAAAUAGAAUCUGAGGAGAAAAAGACGGACGCUGCAGCCGCUUGUUUUUUAACCUGUGUUUGUUUGUGUCUGCCGGCUGUUUGCGUUUUAUUUUCUGUCCGUUCAACAUGUUUUGCUUUAAUAAAGUGCUUUUUCAUCGAGUCUUCAGGUUAAAA